GGCGUGGGGUCGUCUUCACAUCAGGUCAACACGCAGUUCGAUGCGGAUGCAGCGGGCGCGCUACUAGAAGCGGCAUUUGAAGGAAGCCGUCGCGCGCACAGCGGCUAUCGACGCUUGCUAGCUGAGAUGGCUUCGACACUCUUUUACUACUACGCGUGCGUGCAUGUCUCUCUCAACUACGCGACAUUGCAGCGCAACCCAGUGAAUCUGGAACACGCAAUUUCAAAGCGCAUCCUCUAUUGGGCGAAACAGACUGUAGCAAAGAAGGCACGCACAGAGGAGACGGACGAUGGCGUUACAAGUGCUAAGUGCCUGGUAACGGUAAUGCUGGGGAGUGCGCUUCGGCUAGUGGCGUCACGCCAUCAGCUUUGCGCCGUUGCGGCCACGGAGUCGGCCUGUUCAGGUAAUUAUCCAAUCCUUCGACUGAAAUCAGCUCAAUAGUAGCGCGCGAGCGACCUUUAAGGCAGACGCUGAAAUCCAAGGCGCUAUAAUGCCGCGCCUGGGUGAAAAUGCAAAGGGUGCCGCGUCACUGGUGCAACCGCCAGCGCGCGGCCGCGUCUCGGAAAUCGCGGAGGCGGUGGGGCUCGGCAGGCCGCGUGAUGUUCGAGCCUGGAUGACGAGGGGCCUUGUCCUCGGGCUGUCGGAGCUGGGUCGGGAGGUGGAGAGAGCUGCGGGCGUGUGCCAUAGAGCCACGGCAGGCCCCGAGCUACUGGACUGGUGCGGACUCUGUAGCCGCUCGGAACCUAGCGCGAGUCCCGCGCCAGCGCGUCCGGGAGCAGCAGCCGAGCCCCGGCGCCCCACUAAGUUCAUGGCUUUCCAACAAGGCCGACGCUGCUCGUGUCCCUCAAGAAGUCGGCUGCUCAGCUGACGCGUUUGGCUCUGGGCGCACUGCCUACGCCCUCAGGGGUACCUACGUCGACACCUUCAGGCCUCGCGUUUUUUACUAUUGACGGGCAUGCUUUUGCUCGCAUUCGAUCGCUUCGAGGCGACAAGGGUGCUCCGGAGGGGCUUUGUGGUAGGCUAUUUGCACUGCAUUGAGAUAGCAAUGGAACAGAGCUGGCCUCUCUUCUCUGUUCAGCGUGAUCACUUUGCAGCCCCCUAACAUUUUGGGCCAGCGUCUGGAGUAACAAGCGCAGGCGCGACGCCCAGCAUGUGGCCCCUCGGGCCGGCGAUGUGAGGCGCUUCGCCUCUAAGUAAUUCGCGGUUGGUCGCUCAUUGCGUUUCCAAGUCCAGCAUGUAGACCGCCAGACAAUUUGGCUUCGCGGUUCAGUGGGUUAGCUGCUGCACUGGUCUGACUUCAGGACCCCGCCGGACUCCGCGUGGAGGAUACCGCCCAGGACCCCGCGGCCGGACUCCGAGUGGAGGAUACCGCCCAGGACCCCGCGGCCGGACUCCGCGUGGAGGAUAUCGCCCAAGAUCGCAAAUCCGUCCGUUUCGUCGCGCGCGGCGCGGCGCAUGGAACUCGCAUGGUGUUGCUACCGAGUGAAGCCGCGCACGAUGGAGGUAGAAGGCGUGCCUUGAGUCUAGUCUGGUGCCCUAACCGUUGCACCAGAUCAGCCGCCGCAACUCCCCUUCUCGCCCACACCUGGCCAAAUAUGCAAAACCGUCGCCACGAUCUGGAGACCUUGGGGCGCGCCUAUUGUGUGGGUUCGAAUCUCGGAGGAGGCAAAUUCUGCAACAUAGGGAGCGUUAUGGAGCUUGGCCCUCGAGGUUGUAGCUUACAAAAGAGCGGCCAUCUGCUCACAUGCAGCGGGGUGAGGUGGGCUAGUCGUCAGCGUGUCGGACAAAGAGGAAGAGCUGGCGCCGGCUCGCGCGUUCGGUGGGGCAACGACACCGGGCGGCGCCGUCGUCUUGUCCGCUGCUUCCCCAAGGUAUGAGAGAGCAGGCGGGACUCUUCCCUAAGGCUUUUCUUGGCUGCGUCUUUUCUUGGCUUUGCCUGCUGCUUCGUAGUGUCAGCGUGGGCGGCCGUAUCUGGAGCAACAAAUAACGGCAACGCGGUGCGGGGAGUGUUUGCGCUUCGCUCUCGGCUCUCACUCUCGGCUCUCACUCUCGGGGAGUGGACUCUGCAGGCCUCGGGGCUGGUUGGUUCGUUCCCAUUGAGGAGCUUCAAACCGACGAAGAAAGCGAGGACGGCGGCAAGGGGUUCCGACCGGGGUCGGCUUGCCUGCAGCUUGUGGGUGGCCUCCUCGAGGGCUCUGGCGCGGAGGUGAGGUGGGCCAGCGCCAGGAUAGAGGCCCCCGAACUCCCUUCGCCUGAAGUCGGACCAGAUUGAUAGGUAGCGCCUGCGCUUGGUUUUGCGCUCGCGUAUGCGUCGCUUUUGGGGGUGUGAGUGAUGCGCUGCGCCCUGCUCUGGGUGCGAGCGUUGCUUUUGUGAGUGCGUUACGUAGCCUUCUCGAGUAUGGUGGCGCGCCGCUUUGCUUUUGUGAGUGCAUUAGCCUGCCCGAGUGCGUUUGUGUGUUUUGUUGUUGUGAUUAUGGUGCUCACCCUUUAUCGGGGCAGCGCCUGCCUGCCGUUUCGCCUUUGGCGCUUUUAUUCUUUCAUUCGAACGCGGGAGAAGGGUGGGGGCAGCUGCGUAGGCUUGGCGCUGACGCUGCUAGCAUGCUCCCGGAAGCUCAAGGCACUGGCGCCGCCCGCUGAGGGCAUGAGCUUGGGGCUUUUGUUCAUUUCGUUGGUGAUUUCGAUAAGCUUGUGGGGCUCUCUCUGCCAUGCUGUCCCAGGGUGGUCGGUGUGAAGUUGACGGCCGGCAGCCUGUUCGACGAGUAUCGAGGCAGCGGCACAGCCGUCGGCAAGCCACAAAAGCCUGGGGGGCGUUAUCUGGUUACAGCUGGGUGAUUCUGAGCGGGUCGGGCUCGUUCUUUGGUCUCUUGCAUGCAGGGCCGCGCUUGUGUGGCUUGGGCUUUUUGGUUUCCUUUGUCAGUCUUUCUAUCCUCGCAUUGCUCUCUUUUUCUUGUAAUGAGUUUCAUCCACACACACAUUUUUGACUGGCGGAGGCUGUGCUUGGUAACUAUGCCGAAGAUGUGCGCGCGAUGGUCUUGCUGGUGUGUUUUUUUAUUGAGGCUGAGGGAGCCACUCACACCUUUGAGCAUGAACAAGCGGCGAAGCCUUCGUGUGCUUGCUUACUACUCGGUGGGGGGUGAUCGUUUGAAAUCUGCCACGCAAAAAGAAACUUCAACUUGUUUAAUUUUGGCUUUCCAUAUUUAGAGCGCGCCAUUCUUACCUACAAGUAUGUAGACCGCCUAGCUCCUACUAUUACAAAAACUUAAAGGUGGUUCCUCUGCGACUUCUACGCCAGUCACGCAGGGGCACUUCCUUCCAGCCGCUGCUUAUGGCACUCUCGUUGAAGCCUUCGUGCAUUGCUUGUUGAAGGUCGCUAAAGAAACAUCAGAGCCCAUUCGAAGCUACAUGCUUCACGGCAUCGCAGUGGCCAUGUGCGCUUGUGGGUGGUCCUACUUUCCGCACCUGAAGGACACGCUUCGUCUUAAGGCACAACUACUAUUGACUCAUUACAUAAUGUAAUUCAUAUCCAUCAAAUGCAUGCAUUGGGCUCCAUGCAAUGAAUGGAGUCCAAGGUUGUAAUUUAUUGGACUCGACCGACCUUGUCUUGAGAGGCAUCUUGAAAACCGAAAGAUUUCCUGUAUAAUAGGGAGAAAGUGGCCUCAAGUGAGAUGUCUCUACUACCUGACAUCGAUCCUCGUAAGCUCACUCUAAUCGUAUCUCAGCAGCGCAUCUUUUAGCCGACACAUUUGACAACCCUCAGAUUGCCUGCGCGCUUGCGCAUAUACUCCAGGCUGCUUGCGGAACGGUUGUAGAUCCACAUUGUGGUAUUGAAAACGCGAACUCAUCCUGUUCUAGGAGUAACUCCAAGAACAGCUUUAUUAAGGGUAGGCUAGUAAAGGUGUUCCUGUUACCGUUUGUUAUGUUUGCUUUCUCUGCGCCCACCUAAAAUGGUGCGUCGAACACUUCGAAAAAUUUGUAAUUGUAAUAAUUGUAAGGGGGACAUGCAUAACAAACGGGAUAAACCAACGAACACCAAAAGCCUACGCCUAACUUUCCCUCUACAACUACCACUAGUAGUGCCCCUAUCUUCAAGAACAUGCUAAAUUAAGGCGCAAUACAAUUCAUUUCCAAGGGUCACUUUCUUCGGUUUCCUUCUUAGGAGUCUGAAGAAAUGAAGGCAAGAAAUGAAUUACAAUUAUGGUGUGAGCUCUAACUACAUAAGGACUUGGGACACCGAGUGAGUAUCAUCUGGAUAGAUCUGGUUUCACAGGCUGCGACUCCCUGGCUUCUGCUGUGCCGGUCUACAGGCUACGAAGUUUCGUUGCUUAGUCUCCUACUCGUUUUAGAAAGUUCCACACUACUCAAUACAGAGUACAACAACGUCAACAACUCUACUGGUCUCAUGAGAACUACGACAACUACUACGGAGAACAAGACUGCAAUAAAGCACAACUCUUCUGAGGCGCUAAGAACUACGACCAGCAGCACUACUACUGAGAACAAAACUGCAAUAACUUCGUGGCCGUUAUGGCAGCUCUGCAGUGGCUUAUUUUGCGAAACUGCUUUGGAACCAGGAGGCAUUCUUUCAGCAGCCGCUGCGCCGCAGAAAACCACAGAAGCAAAUCUUGUGUCAUUGUUUUCAGGAAGUGGGGAUCUAUCUUCGGCAUCCGGAGGCACAGCGGCCUCUACCUCACAACUCUACGGUCGCGCCGUACGACAAGCAGCCUUACGGACGCUUGCGCCACACUUACUCGCGGUCUUUACUAGUCCUCGUACAACGGGGACGAGGACUUCAACUACUUCUGUUGGAGUUGGAGGGACUUCCGAUGCAGUAUCACUCACAGAUCUGUCCGAGGAACUAGACGCUACUGUGCGAGCCCUCGUGCGAAGUUAUCAGAUAAACAGCGGAGGAGCAGGCGCAAAAAUUGAGGAAGAGCUUCUAGACUCAUUGGUUUCCAUCACGUGCAGUACUGCAACUAACAGCGGAGGCGAUUCUUCAUCAUCACCACCAUCUUCAAGUCCUUUUGUAGUGAAAGAAGACCAUGUAGACAGGUGGAUCGACCGGGUGCAUCAAGUAGUGCUUGGGCAAAGUCGAAAACGAAGACUGCGAAGACCAGUUGAAAGGAUCAAAGGAUCAAAGACCCCGAUUUCGGGAGAGCCAGAUUUAAGGCUAAGCAUCUUCCCUGUUGAUCUCAUCUCCUUCGUAAGUAGGCUCAUCAUGAGGAGUCACUUCAUUUGUAGUUUGACAUCAACCUCCUUCCAUAUUAUUUUUAGUACUUGAAAAUCCCAACUGAUGGAUUUUAUCCAAAGCUGAUCUUUAUCUCAUGAACCGUAUUUUGCUGCCCCUAUAUCUUCGAAGGGUUUUGUGAGAAGGCGUUGUGCCCUGCGUAGUGGGACAAGGGAAUCAUUUUUGUAGUACGCCUACUUAGAGAUAAUUAAGAGAACAGGAUGUACUUAGUCAUGACGGGGAUUACUAGAGUAAGUAAGUUGUAUGCCUGCUUAGAUAUCGAAUAGACGUCCUCUAAUUCCUAGCGGGCUCCAGUCUGGUCAAGGAGACGCUGGCAAGAAGGACCACGAUGACCUGGGCGAGAACGAUUCUGAGAGUAUCGUCAAGCAAUCAGGUGCACUAGGCAGAGACACUGGGGAUGCGUUCGUGUCACCUCCAUUUUUACCGGAAAGCCAGCAUUUCGAUGUGAAAUUGAAGUGUCUUUUUCUCAAAUUUUUCCGAAAAAUUCUCAAUGACAACUUCAAUUCUUUCCUGCUCGCGGCAAGCAGCUCUUCACGGGGAGGAGCAACAACUUCUACUUCAUCAAUCUCUGCCACUCCUUUAUCCAACUACUACAUGUUUGAGUACGUUCCUUUCCUUGAGACCACUUCUAGCAUCAAUACAACUACUUCUAUUAAGGGUUUCCGAAUUACAUCCCUCACUACCAUCCUUGGCUCCUUUUCAAGGGGGAAAUGGGUCAAGGAUGUUCUGAAGAAUGCAAUUCGGAAACCUCUACUUCUCGCAACAUCACAAGACCGGUAACCGAAGUCGGGUCUGGACUUCUAAAAGAGUUCGCUAGUCUCUGGCUGACCCGGUGCGACUCUCUAGUGAGUUUAGUGUGCAAGUCCAUAGCGGAAGCCGAGAGUAUGCCGAGUUUGAUGACCGAGGCCUUGCUGUGUCUCCUCUCUGUCAUACGCUUGUUCGGCUGCUCAACAGAUGCGGAUCUAGAGCGGAGCAAGCUUUGUGCCUUGUCUCCAAAGGCUCACCAGGAAGAAGACGAUGGAGAAAUUCUAGUUAUGAACAUCUGGGUUACGACCUUAUAUAUGAUAUAUUUAUAGUUAAUAAAUAUGAAGGGAAGAAGAUUCACUUCUUUUUAUACAACAACUUUUUUUUACAACAAGUUACUUAGUUUUACAUGCAAAGUAGAGCAGGAGUUUCACCAACACAGCAUUUCAGGAUUUACUCAACUUUUUACAACAAGUUAGUUUUACAUGCAAAUAAGAGCAGGAGUUUCACCAACACAGCAUUUCAGGAUUUACUUAAAUAAAGUUUGUCACUUCUUUUUCUUUUGAACGACAGCAUUCAGAAUCCACAGCCGUUCCUUCCUUGCUUCUUCUAAUCCCGUCAACGCAGAGGAUGAGGAACCAGUGUUACUGCAGUUCGAGGCACAGAUUGGCAACUGCGUUCGUCGUGUUUUCCGCUCUCUAGCUGCUGAGACGAAGGGAGGCACUACCUCCAAAUAUCUUUCUUGUCCUCGCAACUUGUAUCUCAUCUCGGUGAUUCAGCACGACAUCGUGCGAACGAAAAUAACGUCUUCGCCAGAGAAAGCACUCCAGAACCUCGCAGCUGGGGUGCUCUCUGCGCCGAGUGCGCUUCUCUACGAGAAGGUAGCUGUGACGUCGUAUCUCUUGCGACUUCGCCUUCUCGCUUCUUGUGUACUGGACAUGGGGGAAGAGAUGGGGAGCGCUCUACGCUCCCUGAGCAGUAGCACGGGAGAUGGGGUGAAGCUGAGCGACGUGCUUCUGACAGCCUUACAAGACUGCUGCACUGGGCUCAGCCAAGUCGUGCCUGGCAAAGGAGGGAAAAAGUCUGAUUAUGAAGAGUGUUCAGUGAGUACCUGUGUAUCGAUUCAUUCAGAUGACACGCAAAUUAAUUAUAGAGACUCAGUAAUUGUAAUUACCACUAUCAGGAGGUGACAUAAACAAGAACAUCAGCAGCUUAUUGAUUAAAAAGCGAGCGAUAUCUUGCUUCAAACAAGAAUCAAAGUUUUUCUUUCCCCUUCAUCUUCCCGAAGCUGCAAUGACAGAGGCAGCUGACCAGUCUGGAGGACUUUCUCGGACUUCUCUAGUACCACUCGCGCCGGUCCAGGAUCUUCGGUGUCUCGAGCCUGUCUUCGCAUUUGUGUAUGCCGAUCUACUACGCUUAGCGUAUUCCAAGGAUGCUAGGCUGUUUGCCGGUACUAAAGAUAACACUUCAAAGGCACAAGAGGACUUGAAGGGAGUAGUAUCGGGAAUCCUAGCUGUUCGAUUGCGGGGAUGGAAUCAUGAAGAGGGGUCUAGUAAUAUUGCUGCUGAAGCGGAAGCUCUGCUGCCUGUGUUGUCUCAGUUACUACUCGCAGGGGAAGAAGCAAAUGAAACUGCAGGAGGCAAAGAGGAGGUGGACCAGCAAACGCGACAUCUUGCUUGGGCGAUGUUUGCACACAUUUUGAGGCACAUCUUUGCAGGACAAGAGGACGCAUCAAGUACCAGUCCCGUCGUCUCAACAUCUACAACAUCUAUUUCGCCGCAACUCAGAUACAACACCCUUGAGCUCGCAAGUAAGCUACUAGCUGGUGCAAUAAAUGAAGCGAUCAUUGCUGAGCGUAUUGGAGAGAACAAGGAGACUGAAAGAUAUGUCAAAUCCUUGAAAUCGCAAUUCUUUGCCGCCGCUCAGAUGGAACUAGUCAACUUGUUUUCAAGUUCUGCUAGCAAUGUUGCAUCCCUAGGAGUAGGAGCCAAAGCAGCUUCGAGUAGUGAUGAUAAAACCAGCGCAGCAGAAAUUGCACUGGCAGUAUUGCAACAAGUACUCGUUUCGGAAGAUCUGCUAGGAGGUGUAGAUGGAGACGGAGACGCAGAUGGAGAUGCGCCUGAUGUUGUUGAAGCUGAAACUAGUGGCUCACCAAACAAGAAGACGACGAAAGUGAGCCAGGUCCUCAACAGUACGCUUACAUACAUUCUCAGUGCGGAGUCAGCGCCAGUCGUCUUGCGAUGGUGGAGAGCGUUCUUGCAGAGUGUGAGGGCAUUGUCUUCAGCUAGUGUGAGUUUACGUCGCAAUUUCCUGGUAGAGCAGUGGGCUAUCGGGAUCCUCGAUGUUGUGCGGAGAAAAAUCGACGGCAACAACUCAAACAUUGUAUACUUCGUGUUACUUCUAGUACCGUUGUUGCAAGACGAGGAAUUAUUCCCUGACAUGGCAGCAGAAAGUACCUUUCUUGCCUCAUUAAUGGGCAUUUUCCGCGAGCUACUUGCAUUGGAACAAACUUCGCGUCGAGGUGACAAGAAAAGCGGCAGUAGAGCAGAAGAUCUUCCACCUACCUCGGCCUCCUCAUCUUCAACAUCAACACCCGCAGCUCUUCCUGCCUUACAAGCUCUUUUACGUCAACCUAAGCUAAGCCCGAUACUGCUUCCUGUACUUUUUGAGGCGCUGGCUGGUUCAGAGGAUGCGUCGGACCAGGUGUUGUUUUGGACACUAGUCCCACAAGCGAUCGAUAUCGUGGCGCAAAGGCAGGCGCUCGCAGCACUCUUAUUACAGCUCGCUAGCACUUGCCUCUUGCAUCAAUCAUGUGGUUCUUGUACCAAGAAUAGCACGGAAGAAGGUGCAACGGGGUGCAACGAGGUUCCAUUAGUCGAGGGUUGUGUCCUCGGCAUCGCACGAGCAAACGCAGCAGUGUUUAAGAGUGUGCUAACCGCACUACCAGCAGCACAGCGAGACGCACUUCAGCAAGGACUGAGGCGGCAAGUCGCUGCAGGAGGCUAAUUCUUCUCCAUCUUCGUAAAUCAUCUACUCUAUGUCCUCAGUCACAAAAUCACAAGCCAACGUCUUAUGUCAAUCAAUCACACUAUCAAGUAAAGGUAAGCAACUACUUCUUGUUAGCAAACAAAAUAGUAGCAACUACAAGAGUCAAAGUAGCUCUAGUCUGAGUCAUGAAGAAUCAAAUAGCAAUCGAACAAGCUGCUGCCAUUGUCAAUGUCAAAACUGUGAAUCGAAAUGUACGCCCAUUUCCUACAAAAUACCAUCUAUGGUGUAUAAACUACUAUAUCACUACCAUCUUCUGAUGACAGUGGCACAGCAAGGCAAUGACCGCUGUUGCCACUCUGGUGGCCUAACCACAGAAGAUUCCAUUUGUUUAUGUUUAGUCGGAAUCUUCUAGGUGAAAUGUCACCAACCCAAAGAAAGCACACUUUACUAAAGCUGAUGCUCCAAAGAAAUGACAAAUUCAUAGAUUUUUUCACCAAGAUGAAGGGCAACUACACGGUUGUCGCAGGAAUACGACAAGCCGGACCCGGAG